AUUCGGUUCAAAUUCUACAUACUACGAUUCAGUUUGGGUCAGGUCCGUUUCCGGUCGAGUCAAUUUCGGAAUUCGGAUCAUUUAGUUUCCCACACUCUCUUCUCUCUCCUGACUCCUCUGCAUCUCCCGUUCGUCUACAGUCUACACUUUACCAUCUCCGAUUCACUGUGUUCAGGAGCCAAGAAUGAGGAGCACAAAGAGGAAAUCCGCAUGGGUCGACAACUUGUCGGAGGUCAAGUAUUUGCCAUCAGAAUUGUGGCCUGAUAUAUUACACAAGUUGCCGGUGAAAACCCUACUCAAAUUCAGGUGUGUCUGUAAAUCAUGGUGCUCAAUUAUCGAUUCCUCUAAUUUCAUUUCUAUGCAUUUCAAGCUUUAUUACAACAAUUAUGCGCGAAACCAUGUAUUAUCCAGGGAAUGGCACCCACGCGUGGGAUCCAAAUUCAGUAUUCAUCGCACCGACACAUUUUGCAAAAUUGAUUACCUUUUCAAAAUUCCUCAAUCAUAUUUACUUGGUGGAAGCUGUAAUGGGUUGAUUUUGAUGGAGAAUCGAGAGAAACCGAAUGAGAUGAUACUGUGGAACCCUUCUAUUAGAAAAUCCUUGAUUCUCCCCCCUUGUCCCGUCUUAGGUCACAAACUUUAUUGUCUAGGAUUUACCCCUUCUAACAAUGAUUAUAAGGUGUUUGUGUUUUGUGGUAAAGAAGUUGGUAAAAUGAUGUUAACUGCAGUCUAUUCACUCAAUAAUCAACUUUGGAGGGUUCAAACACCCAAUCCAGGGAUUGCCCAGAAUUUGGGUUUAAGUCGUAAAUCAUGGUCUGGACAUGGGAAUGGGUAUGUGAUCUGUGGAGGGGCAAUGUACUGGAUUGUAAGUGAUCCACACAAAACUGACAGUCAAGUUUGUUUCAAGCUAGGGACUCAUCUCGUUUCCUUUGACUUUGAAGUUGAAGAAUUUAGCUUUAAGCAAUUAUCUGAUGCUAUGAAAGAUAGUAUUGUCAUGUUUGUUUUCCUCUUUGGCGAGUCAGUAGGAGUUUUCACAAUGUCCUUUGAAAGUAACUGCAUAUGGGUUUUGGAAAAAGAUGGUGGAGAGGAUCCAUGGAGGUUGUGGUUUUCAGGGAAACCGGAUGUGAAUGCUUCCAAGCUGCUUGAACCUUACAGUUCUGCAUUUUCAAAGAUUAUCUAUGUUCAAAAGAGCAAAACAUUUUUGAUUAAUACCACUGGAUUUACGGUAUCAUACAACAUUGCAAGUCACAAAAUACAACGUUUGGGAAAAUCUUUUCGUGGUCAAGCAUCUUUAGAUACUUAUGUGGAGAGCUUGGUGUUGCAUAAAGGAUUUCCAGGGCAGACUUUGACAUCCUUCCCCUAACAAGCAUGAGUUGUGGACAAUGGCUCUUUCUUUAAAGAUCUAAGUAGCAAUGAGAGCAUCACAAGGAACUGCCUUUUUAUCCAGUUGGAAUUGAAGCUGGAAUUGAGAUGAUCUCCUUGAUUGUAGUAAGUGAUUGAUUACAAUCAAUCAAUCACAAUAUUUUAUAUUUGUAUAGAUAUUAAUCUAUUAUUAUAGGAUAUCUUCUUAUUAGGAAAUUAUUGACUUCGUAAUAUUCUUAGACUUGUAUAAAUACCCCAACAUUAACGUUAAUAAAAUCAAGCUUUCUCAUACUCUAUCACAAACAACUAAAGCCCACUGCACUUCUUAGAUUUUUUAAAUUUGUAUUGAAAUGUAUUUCUGUCAAUGCGAAUAGUACCUAUGCUAUUAUCCUAUAUAUAUGAUCACACUUACCCACAAUACUAACCAUAAAACACAAAUUAAAUUACAGCAUGAAGCUGACAUAAAUUCAAUAAUGUUAGAAGUGACUGAUCAUAAAUCGUAAUGGUAUCAUAAAUCGUAAUUGCCGGAGGACAGCUAUAUACCGACGGAGUUGUUAGUGGAGGUGUUGGCAAGGUUACCGGUGAAAAUCCUACUCAAAUUCAGGUGUGUCUGUAAAUCUUGGUGUCAGAUUAUCGAUUCCUCUGAUUUCAUUUCUAUGCAUCUAAAACUUUUCAACCACCAAAGUUCUGAAAACACUCGUGUAUUAGGCAUAGAAAAGUCUUGCCACCAUACUCAAUUCACAAUUCGUCGAAGUGACUCAUCUUGGAAAACUGCGGAUCUUGGUAGAAUUUUUAAUUUAUCCUACUUAACCUAUGGAAACUGUAAUGGGUUGAUGUUGAUGAUGAAUUUUUUUACGGAGGAGAUGAUAUUGUGGAACCCCUUUACUAGAAAGUCGUUGAUUCUCCCCCCUUGUCCUUUAGGAUCUGUUGAUAAUAUGUUAGGAUUUGCCCCAUCUAAUAAUGAGUAUAAGGUAAUUGCCUGUAGGUUUAAGUAUAUUAACGGUGUUAGGUCUUCAGAGGUGGGAAUUGCUUCUUUUUUGCUCAAUGAUAACCAAUGGAAGAUCAAACCUAAAUGGACAAAUGUCUGGAGUUGGGAUUCAUUAAAAUAUGGACCACGACGCGUUUUCUGUGGAGGGAUUUUGUACUGGAUUGGACAUGAUCCACGAUUAAGCCAAAAGACUCAUCAUCUUCUCUAUGUGAACUUUGAAGUUGAAAAAUUCAGCGUUAUGCAAUUGCCGGAGGCAGCGAAAGAAAGUAUUGUGAAGUUUCUUUUCGUCCUUGGUGAGUCAUUAGCAAUUUUCGCUAUGUCCUGUGAAAGUAGUUGUAUAUGGGUUUUGGAAAAGGAUGUUGGUGAGGAUCCUUGGAGGCUUUGGUUUUUAGGUGAUCCGGAUUUAAAUGCUUGUGAACUAUUCAAAUCUGUCACUACUGGAUAUCCAUUUUCAAAGAUUUUGUAUGUUCAGAAGAGCAAUGCAUUCUUGAUGGUUGAAGAGAUUGAGAGAGAUGGGACAAUAAAGUAUCAACCGAUAUCUUAUAACAUUAGAAGUCACAAACUACAAGUGUUGAAAAAACCUAUUCGCAAUGAGAUAUAUUUAGAUACUUGUGUGGAGAGCUUGGUGUUGCACAAAGGAUUUGAAGGGCAGACUUCGAUAUCCUUCCCCUAACAAGCAUGAAUUGUGGAAAUGACUCUUCCUGAAAGAUCACAGCGCGCACUUUGGAGGCAGAACUCGCUGCAAUUUAUGAAGCCCUAAAAUGGGCCUCAAGAGGGUGUUUGUUGCAUAUUGCAAAUGUAUUAUGGACCUCCUUCGUAAUUACUUCGUAUCUGAAUGCAGGGCCUGCUACGGAAAAAACCGGGUAUUAAAGUCUCGUUUGAAGGGAGGGCAGCUAACAAAGUAGUCUUCGUAGUUUUGUAAUUUCAUCAGGAAACUGUAGUCACUCCCCCCUUCUGUAUAAAUGAAGUUUUAAUUGAUUUCGCAAAUGAUCCUCAGGAUCUGUUGUGUAUGAAUGUGCAUGGGACAAGACCAUUUAAGUUAAUUUAUGAUUUCCUUUGAACCA